UAAGAAGAAAAUUGUGGAACGUCACAUGACUAAACCGGAAAACAGGACUCGCCACUUCCGCUUGCAGGGUAAUCUGUGCUAACCCAACGACAGACCUAGCUAGUUUACACAAUCAACAAUAACGUUAUUAUUCUGAGCAUUUUGGCCUUUUAAAUAAUUUAACUGUGAAGACCAUGUAUUUAUCCAAACCGGUUAAGUACCAGAAGCGGGAAAAUCCGAACAGUGAUUUUUGUUGUGUACCUCAGUGUGAAAUGUCCGGGAAGUUUAAUUCCACCGUCAGCUUCCACCACUUCCCAAAGAAUGAAACGUUCAGAAAAGUAUGGAUACGCAAUGUUAGACGUACAAAUUUAGUGAUUAAGAGGACCACGACAGUGUGCAGUAGACAUUUCGUCUCCACGGAUGUCAUUAACGGUGGUCGACGACGCUUAAAAGAGGGGGCUGUGCCCAUGUUGUUUGCCUGGAACGACUACUCCCUCCCGGAAGCCAGACCAAGCGUCUCGGAGUCGGAGAGGGCACAACGGCCAGAAGAUGAAGUAAAGGACAGCAUGGAUGUUGAUGUGCUGCUUCAAUGCCACGACUAUUAUGCCAAACCAGAACCAUCAGCCCUAGAUAUGGCAUGUGAAAAAAUAGAGGCGCAACAGCAGGUAAUAGAAGAACUGCGGAAGAGGGUGGAAGGGGUUACAAUGAAACAAUCAUUUGGCUUGGAGAGGUUUUCAGCAUCAGACGAUGACAUCAGAUUCUACACCAGAUUUGCCAGCUACCGUCAUCUAGAUGCUUUUUGGAGACAGAUUGAACCUGCAACUAUGAGGAUUGUACGUGUUGGUACGCGAACACCGACCAGCACAACAGCAGCUCCUGACAAGGCAGCUGAUCAACCUCUUCGACCAAGCCGAUGCCUACCACUCAUUGAUGAGUUGUUCCUGUUCUUGGUGUACCUGUCGCUGGGUCUGAAGGAGAAAGAUCUGGGUGAUCGCUUCAACAUUCAUCAGUCCACUGUCAGCAGGAUCAUCAAAACCUGGGUUAACUUUUUGUACACUUUACUGGGUGCUGUUCGGAUAUGGAUGUCUCCAGAGGAAAUAGGAGCCACAAUGCCAAGUGUAUUUGGAAAAUACUCAGACACCCAAGUAAUUAUUGACUGUACAGAGCUGAAAUGCCAGAUGCCUUCAUCUUUACUCUUACAGAGUGAGAUGUUUUCGCAGUAUAAAUCCCACACUACUGUGAAAGGAAUGAUCGGUGUGUCACCACAUGGUGCUGUUACAUUUGUUUCUUCACUUUAUUCUGGUUCUAUCAGUGACAGUGAAUUGUUCAAGCGAUCUGGCAUUAUCGGUCUUUUAGAUAAAGACAUGGCUGUAAUGGUGGACAAGGGAUUCAGAAUCGAUGAUCUAGUGCCCUGCAAAGUUUACAUGCCACCAUUUCUGACCCAAAAAAUACAGCUGUCUCACAGUGACGUGCUGGUCACUCAGAACAUCGCACGACUAAGGAUACACAUAGAGCGAGCAAUAAGGUGCAUCAAAGAAAACAAACUUUUCGACACAGUUAUCCCUCUAACCAUUGCUGGCAGUAUUAACCAGAUUUUUGCAGUAGCCUGCCUUCUAGCAAAUUACCAAAACAAGCCACUGGUCAAGGCAUGGGCCAAGGGAGAGUAA